AAAGCGCUAGACGCGCCAUGCGAGCAACCAGUUGCGGCGGUGAACAAGUCGGCGAGCGCACAAAUAUAUAAAGCUAUCUCUAAAAAUAAAACGAAUAUAAAAUAAAAUAUUUGAACAUUAAAAAAAAAAACGUGGCACGCGGCUAAGAUUAAAUACAACAAGAAUUUACAGUGCCUUUAUCAGCGGAAAAGUGCUUUAUCAGACAAAAAGAGAUUUAAAAUUAUUUCAUAUAUUUAAACAGGGGCUCGUCUAACAACUGAGUCAAACGCUUCGUGAAAAGACCAGUGAAUUAUCACAACAAAUACAUUCAUUCAUAUAUACGAAUAUAGAGAGUAGUAUGGAGAACGUUAGAACUUUCUUUGCUGGGCAGAAUAAAGACGGCACUUUGACAAACAAUCAGCAAAACGGUGGACUUAAUUUAUUCACUGGUCGCUUUAUGCCAUCCGGCAUGAGUGGCGCACUAAAAGGCAAUAUCAUCAGUCCACAUAUUAGCGGAGAGAAUGGUAAAACACAUGACGAUGUCAAGCGGAAAGAUAAUGACAAUUAUUUCUAUAUAAUGUGGCGUUCAUAAAUCAAGUUGACUACAUCACCCGCAAAAAGUAACCUACAUUCGACUUACACAACUUCUGUGCAAACAAAUAUUCAAAGUACACAUAAUUUAUUUUAUGAACACACAUUUGUACAUCUAGAGUUGCAUACAAUUAUAUAUGCUAGUGAUAUUAGUUUUAAAACAAGUUCUUUUUUUCAACAACUGCAAAUAUUUACUUACGUAGAUUUGCUAAGCCUUAGGACCUAACAGGGAAAUAGAAUC